AUGGGGGAGCCCGAUUCAUGGGAGGACAUCGCGGGCCAGCAGCAGCCGCCGCCGCCAGGCGGCGCGGGCGGAUAUUACAACGCGCCGCCCGGCGCUGCCGGCGGAGCCCUCAACGUGAACGCGGCGGCGUUCGCUUUUAACCCGACGGCGGGCACGUUCGUGCCUAACUACGGAGGCCAGCCUGCUCCCGGUGGUGCUCCUGGCGCGUACGGUUACAACCAAGGCGGGUACGGUUACAACCCGCAAGCGGCGUACGGUUACAACCAAGGCGGUUAUGGUUACAACCAAGGGGGUUACGGUUACAACCAACAGCAGUACGGCGGUGGAUAUCAGCAGCAGCAGUACGGCGGAGGAGGAUAUCAGCAGCAGCAGCAGCAGCAGCAGCAGUAUGGGGGAAGGGGGGGACGGGGAGUCUCGAAAACCCUUGGCGGUCCCGCGGUCACCAAAUCCCUCGGCGGACCCUCCGUGCAAAAGGUUCUCGGAGCUCCUGCACCCGCUGCGGCCCCCGCUCCAGCAGCGGCGGAACCUGCUCCGCCCGUCGCAGUCGCUGCUACGCCCGCGGCGGAGGAGGAGAAGCCCGCGGAAGCGGAAGCGGAAGAGAAAGUGGAGAGCGGAGCGGAAACCCCAGCGGAAAGCGACGGAGCAGUGGACGCAGCAGCGGCGGCGGUGGCAGCGGUGAGCAUCAAUGAGGGCGAAAAGGACGAAGCGCCGCCCGCAGACGAAUCAACAGCAUCCGCCAAGGCCGAAGCGGCAGCGGCGGCAUCAGCAUCAGCGGCGGCAUCAGCAUCAGCGGCGGCAGCAGCAGUGGUGGUGGAGGAGGAGGAGGCGGAGGAGGAGUUUGAGAUCCCCGAGUCGGAGGACAAGCGCCAGCACCUCAACCUCGUCUUCAUCGGCCACGUCGACGCGGGCAAGUCGACGAUCGGAGGGCAGAUCCUGUACCUGGCGAACAUGGUGGACGAGCGCACCAUCCAGAAAUACGAGCGCGAGGCCAAAGACAAAAACCGCGAGAGCUGGUACAUGGCAUACAUCAUGGACACCAACGAGGAGGAGCGAGCCAAGGGCAAGACGGUGGAGGUCGGUCGGGCGCACUUCGAGACGGAGAAGAAGCGAUACACCAUCCUCGAUGCACCUGGUCACAAGAACUAUGUGCCCAAUAUGAUCAGCGGGGCGUCACAGGCAGACGUGGGCGUGCUGGUGAUAGCGGCGCGCAAGGGCGAGUUUGAGACAGGCUUUGAGCGCGGAGGGCAGACGCGCGAGCACGCGCAGCUCGCCAAGACGCUUGGUGUGUCGAAGCUGGUGGUGGUGGUGAACAAGAUGGACGACCCGUCCGUGCACUGGAGCCAGGAGCGGUACGACGAGAUAGUCACCAAGCUCACGCCCUUCCUCAAGCAGUGCGGCUACAACACCAAGAAAGACGUGCAGUACCUACCCAUUUCGGGCAUUCAGGGCGCCAACAUGAAGGAUCGGUUGAAGAAGGAGGUGUGCCCGUGGUACGACGGGCCGUGCUUCUUUGAAGUGCUCGACGCCCUUGCCCCGCCCGACCGCGACCCCAAGGGCCCCGUCAGAAUGCCCAUCAUAGACAAGUACAGAGACAUGGGAACAGUGGUCAUGGGCAAGGUGGAGAGCGGCUGCAUCAAGCGAGGCGACACACUCACCGUCAUGCCCAAUAAGACGGUGGUCAAGGUGGUGACGAUAUACCGCGACAACGACGAGGUGACAUUCGCCCUGCCAGGGGAGAACCUCCGGGUGCGCCUCACAGGCAUCGAGGAGGAGGAGAUCUCCGCCGGCUUCGUGCUCUCCUCCCGCAAGCGCCCCAUUGGAGUGUGCACAGAGUUUGACGCUCAGCUGCAGAUCCUGGAGCUUCUGGAUCACAAGGCGAUCUUCACAGCGGGGUACAAAGCGGUGCUGCAUGUGCACAGCGUGGUGGAGGAGUGUGAGAUCAUCAGCCUGCUGCAGCAGACGGACCUCAAGACCAAGAAGCCCAUGAAGAAGAAACCGCUCUUUGUGAAGAGCGGCGCUAUCGUGGUUGUGCGCAUCCAGGUGAGCGACCCCAUCUGUGUGGAGAAGUUUUCAGACUUCCCUCAGCUCGGCCGCUUCACUUUGCGCGACGAGGGCAAGACGGUGGCGAUAGGCAAGAGUGUGCAGGUAGAAGAACAGCACUAUCACCCCGGUGCAAUGGACGCCACUACUGUUUGCCCCAUCCCCGCUAUUGACUGGCGCGCUGUUCCCCAAGAUGAAAUCACCCACUUGGCGCACCAGGGCAUGGUUGCGCCUGAUGUUUCCGCGGACCACCACAUCCACAACGAAAACGAGAUGCGCCGCCGCCGUCGCCGCCACCUCCGCCGCAUGGCGCGGGAGGCCAACGCGGAGCUGGCGCGCUCCGUGGCGGAGUGGCGCAGGCAGAGCUUCCGCCACCCGGAAUCGCAGGCCGUGGUGGUGCUGGCGGCGGAGACUGCGCGCAGCCGCGACUGGUCGGCGGAAGAUCACAGUCGCAGCUUCAGCUGUGGCGACCUGGGCGAGUACGGGCCGCCAGACGCCAGCCAUGGCGGCUGCAGCGGCCGUUUUGACCCAAACGGCCGCGAAAAUAGCUCGGACAGAGAUGGCGCUCCGCCGCGGAAGAGCGAACAGGCGUCAUGUUCUCCUUCAGGUGCCUCAGGUGUCCCGCCAGGUGCCUCAGCAGGUGUCCUAGCAGGUGGCUCAGCAGGUGCACCACGAGGUGCUCCUGCACGUUCCUCCUCGUCUGGUGCCUCGUGCAAGCCUGGGCAUCGCCGUGGGGUGAGCGUGAAUGCGCUUCCUGAGCUCUGCCCCUAUCCCCCUGUCGAUUGGCGCUGGGUACCCUCUCCUGAACCUGCUGCCGCCUCACACUGCGCUGCUGCCGCCGCCUCACACUGUUCUGCUGCUGCCGCCACACGAUGCCCUGCUGCUGCCACACGCUACCCUGCUGCCCCCAGUAGCUUCUGCACUGCCCCUCCCAGCGGCGCCACCUCCCCGGCAAUCUCCCCCCUCUCGCCUUCCUCUCGUUUCCUCUCCUUCACAACUGCUCUCCAGAUUUUUCGCCUUGUCUCCCGACAGCAACCAUGCACACCGGGUGCAGAGCUCUAG